UUUUGCUCCCAUCCGGGGUCGUGAUGACAGGGACUGCCUCUCUUCCUCUCGCCGAGGGGCCGGGACAGCCCGGUGCUAACGGCCCGGCCCAGCCCGGCAGCGCCGCCCCCGAGCCGAGCGGGAGAUUUGAAGGGAAGAGGCGGCGGCAGCGGGGCGCUCGGCGGCCAUGGUGGAGGGCCCGUGCCUCGCCCUGUUCGCGCAGCGGCUGCGGGCCCGCGUGCGCCGCGGCCAGGCCGUGCGCGGGGCGCGGGGCGGCGCUGCGCCAGCCGGGGCCGACAGCGCGACUGCUACGAGUGAGGAGAGAACCUCUGUUCAUAAUUUUCUUACUGGACAUGUUUACAGGGGUGUGGAGGCUUUGGGAAAGGAACUUUUUAUGUAUUUUGAUCAGAAAGCUUUGAGGAUUCACUUUGGUAUGAAUGGUUCCAUGCGCAUUAAUCCCGAUGGAAGCAAAGACAGAAAUGGUGCAUUACCAGUUUUGGAGAUACAGCUUACUGAAGAUACUAUUUGUUUUUUUGGGGUGACGACAGAAUAUAGAAAUGCAGCAGAGAGUGAGCGGAAAGUGAGAAUGAUGGAAAGCUUGGAUGUCUGCUCUCCAAAGUUUAGCUUCUUAAGAGCAGAAAGUGAGAUUAAGCAGCAGAAAACCCGCAUGUUGUGUGAUGUGUUACUGGAUCAAACAGUAUUACCUGGAGUGGGAAAUAUCAUAAAAAAUGAAGCACUAUUUGACAGUGGUCUUCAUCCAGCUGUUAAAGUUUGCCAGCUGACAGGUGAGCAGAUACAUCACUUGGUGAAAAUGACACGUGACUUUACUCUGCUUUUUUAUAAGUGCCGCAAAACUGGAUCUCCACUCUACAAACACUACAAAGUAUACAGGUGCCGAAGUUGCGGUCAGUGCAAUGGGAAAAUCACUGUGUGUCGUUUAGGAGAGAAUAACAGGAUGACUUACUUCUGCUCUCGAUGUCAAAAGGCUGAUCCCCAGCUUGUCAAUGUCAGCAAACUGCCAGCUAGAAAUAGCCUAAUUGGCUGGGCAUAUGGCAGGGGGUCAUGUUCUAAUGAACACGUAGCUCAGAAAUGUGAAGAAGAGUGGACGUGUAUGUGCUGUACCCUAAUAAACAAGCCUUCUGCUGAAGUUUGUGAUGCCUGUUUGACUUCAAGGCCUGAAGUGCCAAAGACACAGAAUGCUGGAGAUUCUGCAGCCUUUAACAUAAACCUCAUGAAGUACCCUUGUAAUGAAUUUGGACAACCAAGCACAGAAAUAAAGAUCAAUAGGAGAGCUGCAUUUGGAACCACAACUCUUGUCUUAACAGAUCUUGGUAACAAAGCAGUUUUGAAAAAUGAUAACCAAAUAUCUGAUGGAUGCUCUGAGUUUGCUGCUCCAAAAAGUAAUUGUGAUCAGAUCCACAAUAAUGUCUACCAGUCAGGAAGAAGCACAGACAAGCACAGCGCAACAAAUGUAACUGCUGUGGCUUCACCUUCCUAUCAGGAACCAUUCUCUCUGAAACCCAUAAAGAAAAAGCAGAAAACUCAUCAUGUACCUUCUGUUCACCAAUACAACGUAGCAACUGGCAAGCCUCAAGUUAAUAUAACAGAUGAUAAUCAUAUGAUAAGGAUGGGCCAUCCUCGUUGCAGUAAACACAGCCGCCUCUGCAGCCUUAGAGUUGUGAGAAAGGAUGGAGAAAACAAGGGCAGGCAGUUUUACACCUGUCCGCUACCCAUGGAAACUCGGUGCGACUAUUUUCAAUGGGCAGACUUGCAUUUUCCCCUUUGUAACCAUGGCAAGCGCUGUGUUAUGAAGACAGUGCUGAAGAUUGGUCCCAAUAAUGGAAAGAACUUCUUUGUUUGCUCUUUUGGGAAGGAAAAACAGUGCAGCUUUUUCCAGUGGGCAGAAAAUGAGUCAGCUAUACAGGUUACUCCUUGAUGCUGAUGUUUUAGUUAUCAGUUCUUCAGGAUGUCUUCAGUGUGUACAGCUUUACUAAUCAUUUCUGUUUUGUUGUUAGUUUUGUCUGGUUUUCCCUGUUCAUGGGUUAAUUACUAAAAACAGCUCCUGUAACAGUA